AUGAUUUCUCAACCUUUUAUAUCGCAUGCUCAUUCCAUGUAUCAUCCUCCUCAAAAGACUCCACCACAAGCUCCUCCUCAACCACAUGAAAUUAGUAGUAUUAGUAACUUUAAAACAUUCAUGUUUGUGGAGGACCAACAUUCCAAAGCUUUUCGAAAGGAAAGACAAGUGAGAGAAGAAUUCAAGUAUGAAAUUGCUUUGGAAGAUGGAUACAUUUGGUGGUCCAUUCUUUAA